CUGACUGCGAAAAGGGUGGUUAAAAAUCUGACAAAAAAUCUGUGUAGUCUUAAUGUUUUUCUUUCACGAACCACAUGUUGAAAGCGAGCAAAUUUAGUAGGUCAUUACUAGCAACGGACAAGCGUGAAGUUGAGCUUUUUAUUGGACAAGUUAACAGGAAACUCAAAGGACUGUGGGUAACCUUGCAUCAGAACACCAUGGCUGGGAACCAAGAUAUCAAAAAUCUUCAACCUCAUUUAUCCAAACAGGACCUCAAAACAUUAGAUAUUACAAAGUUAGACCCAUUGACACCAGAUGUCAUCAGCAGGCAAGCAACAAUCAAUAUAGGCACAAUUGGCCAUGUGGCCCAUGGGAAGUCCACAGUUGUAAAAGCUAUUUCAGGAGUACAGACUGUCAGAUUUAAAAAUGAAAAAGCUAGAAAUAUUACUAUCAAAUUAGGCUAUGCAAAUACAAAGAUCUACAAAUGUGACUCAAACAGCUGUCCCAGACCAGCGUGCUACAGGUCCUGCAGCAGUAAUAAAGAAGAUGUCUUCCCCUGUGACAGGCCUGGCUGUGGGGGAAAGUUUAGACUAAUAAGACAUGUAUCUUUUGUUGACUGUCCUGGUCAUGAUAUUCUUAUGGCAACCAUGUUGAAUGGAGCAGCAGUCAUGGAUGCAGCAUUAUUGUUGAUAGCUGGAAAUGAGUCAUGCCCUCAGCCCCAGACAUCAGAGCACUUGGCUGCUAUAGAAAUCAUGAAGCUGAAACACAUUCUGAUUCUGCAAAACAAAAUAGACUUGGUGAAGGAAAGCCAGGCUAGAGAGCAGUAUGAUCAGAUACUCAAGUUUGUACAAGGCACUGUUGCAGAAGGUGCUCCUGUUGUUCCCAUUUCUGCUCAGCUCAAGUACAAUAUUGAAGUGGUAUGUGAAUAUAUUACCAAGAAGAUCCCAAUCCCUCCAAGGGAUUUCACAUCAGAACCAAGGCUCAUAGUAAUCAGAUCUUUUGAUGUAAACAAACCUGGGGCUGAGGUGGAUGAGCUGAAGGGAGGUGUGGCAGGAGGCAGUAUUCUAAGGGGAGUUCUCAAGGUUGGCCAGGAGAUUGAGGUGCGACCUGGUAUUGUUUCCAAGGACAAAGAUGGGAAGUUGAUGUGUAAGCCAAUCUUCUCGAGAAUUGUUUCCCUUUUUGCUGAACAGAAUGAUCUACAGUACGCUGUCCCUGGAGGACUGAUAGGUGUUGGUACAAAGAUUGACCCUACACUCUGCCGUGCUGACCGUCUGGUGGGUCAGGUGCUGGGUGCCGUAGGAGCUCUGCCAGAAAUUUACACAGAGCUUGAAAUUUCUUUCUUCUUGUUGAGAAGAUUGCUUGGAGUCAGGACAGAAGGGGAUAAAAAAGCUGCCAAGGUCCAGAAAUUGUCCAAGAAUGAAGUAUUGAUGGUGAACAUUGGUUCACUCUCCAGUGGAGGCAGAGUUUUGGCUGUGAAGGCAGAUUUGGCCAAGAUUGGUCUCUUUAAUCCAGUGUGUACAGAGAUAGGCGAGAAGAUUGCUCUGAGUAGAAGAGUGGACAAACAUUGGAGGUUGAUUGGCUGGGGUCAGAUUAGAAGAGGAGUGACUAUCAAACCAGUGAAUGAAGACUGAGGACACUUUGUAGACAAAUUACUAAUUUGUAGCCAUCAAGUUAAAGAAACAGUACAAGAAAGAUGACUGAAGAUAAUGGGUAUCGACAGAUCAGCACCAAUUUAACAGGGCACUUGCCUUGUUUUAUGUUGAUCCCCAUACAGCAAGCUGAUUUUCAUUGAGGACAGAAGCUCAGGUUUCCAUUCAGUGGAAAUAAAUACCACCUGUGACCAGUAUCCAAAUUUAUAACUGACUGCAAAGUAGUUUUCUCUUUGAACCCCAGAUUCAGAUAAUUGUUUGUCACUUUUGGGAAAAAUAAUGUCAAGUUUUACUUUAUACGAUGAAAUGUUUUCUGACAUGUUCACAGAGAUCGUCAAAAACUUGACUACUUCCUACUCCAGGACUUAGGCAUUUGAUUGCAACCUCCUUACUUGGAUUAAUAUUGUGUCCUCUGACGUGUAUCAGAUGCAGGUUUUAUUUAUUUGUGUAAUGAUAACAUAAAUUGACUUUUAUUGUUAUCUGGUUUAUGACAGAAUAAUGAUAACUAAGAAUGCACGCUGAUGGCAUUGUUCCUGUCCACAUUUGCAAAGUACAAGAGGCGAGUUUUGUAAUAAAAAAGAAUGAAGAAAAUAAAUGUAAUUAGAAAAAAAGCCUAUUUAAUCCUAACCCAACAUACCUCUUAAUAUUAAAUAUUUCAAUAAAAUGUUUAUGCCAUCUGAACUGCAUCAAAAAUCUGAAUAUAUAAAUUUUAUGUAAACUAUUCUGAAUAUUAAAAGUAAGUAUAAUCCUACAUCAUUAAAAGUUUUCCAUUAAAAGGAUAUGUACUUUGAUUC